AUGGCCAGUCUGACUCGAGGCACUCCUGGUUCUGGUGCAGGUGCUAAUCCAAACUACAACUACAACCAAAAUAACCAACAACAGCCAGAAGAACAAGAACCAAGACCAGUACCAGAAAAUUAUAAUCAGCCUGCAGCAGUCGAGACCCGCACCUCACCCAACUCAUUCUUUGAUAGUAACACUCAGAACUCAACAACAGCAGCAACACCACAGACUGAACCACCAACUGAACCAGCACAGCAGAAGAACACUACCAACUCAACCCUCAUGAGCGCCCCCCCACCCUCACCAGCCGGAUACCCUCCACCCGCUCAUUCCAAGCCAAUCGAAUCAUCCAAUGACUCCCAUCAGAGCGCAUCCAACAACACCACCCUGAACAGCAACCAGCUACCCCCCUGGGUCAUCGCCAUCAUCAUCGUAAUCCCCAUCCUGGCCGUCCUACUCUCGGUCUUCUACUGGCGCAUGAAAGUACAUCGACGGACCCAUCUCUACGCCCAUCGAAUCAGCCAAGUAGACCAGAACACCUCGAGCACCGCUCCAAGACACAUCAUACCCCCCGGUGGCACCGGCGCCGAUCGUCCAGAGGGCCAACGUAGAGCCGAUCGGAUGAGGAGACUCAUGAAUGGAAUCAAUAGAAGACCUAGUCGAUCCGAUAGCGUCCGCACCGUCCCCCAAUACUCGGCUGACCCUCAAGAUACUGAGAUGACUCUCGCCCGUGCUCAGCGUUCAGCCGAAAACAGUCCGCCAGCACAGCCCUCGUUCAUCAUGCGAUUUAUCGGGAGCCACAGCACGACGAACCCUCGGACUCACAGCGGCAACAACAACACCGGCGAGCUCUCGUCGACCUCGAACCCGCAACCUCCUCAUCCACCCGAACCGCCGCCCGACUAUGAGCUCUCCACGCGCAUCACCCCCGCCCACUACCCGCCCAUGCAAUCCUCCUCCAACGCCGUCGGCUCAUCAUCCACCCGGGGCCUGAUGGCGCCCCUACAGCUGCCAGCAGCUCUCGAGUUGCCUUUCGGCAGGAGCAGGGGAGUAGCAGAGCACCCGGCUGAAGAUGAGGACCACCCGCAACACCACACCGUCCAUCUCGACCGAUCCACCACCUCCUCGAGCACCUCCUCAUCCGAGACGGUCUCUGCUGCCCACCAAAAAUCCACCCGAAGACCCUCCCUCUCUUCGACUCCCUUCUGGUAG